GGGACUGUUUACGUUCCUACUUGACAGCUAAAAUGGGCCUAUUCUUUGUAUCAAGCCCAUUAAGGUUAUCGAGCAUAUAAAAAAACAAACUAAAAAAGCACAAUUUCAAAUCGUGGAGCCAGAGAACAUGACCGUCUUCUUCCUUCGAAUCCAGAUUCAAAAACAUUCCAUCGGAACUCUGAGGCUGCUCCCACGAAGCUCCUCUAUAAAGCCCUCUCCUUUAUCAUCUCUCUACUCCACACUCUCCUCCCAAAUCGAAGAAGAACAGCCGCCGAAGAGAUACGACCACCACCAUGUCGCUACAUGCAUCGCCGCACUGCAACGCUGCGCGCAGCGCAACGACGCCGUUUCCGGCGUGCAGCUUCACGGCUUCAUGGUUCGCAAAGGGCUUCUCGACGGCUCCUCCCCUCGCGCCGUCACCAGCCUCGUCAACAUGUACGCCAAGUGCGGUCUCAUGCGUCGCGCGAUCUCCGUCUCCGGUGGAUCCACCGAGCGAGACGUGUUCGCUUACAACGCGAUCAUCUCUGGGUUCGUGGUGAAUGGGUUUCCUUUCGAUGCGGUGGAGAUGUACAGAGAGAUGAGAGCUAAGGGGGUUUUACCUGAUAAGUAUACGUUUCCUAGUUUGCUUAAAGGAAGCGAUGCAAUGGAGGUUACUGAUGUUAAGAAGGUUCACGGGUUGGCGUUUAAACUUGGGUUUGAUUCGGAUUGUUAUGUAGGGAGUGCGUUGGUUAGUUGUUAUUUGAAGUUUAGGUUAGUGGAGGAUGCGCAGAAGGUGUUCGACGAAUUGCCUGAGAGAGAUGACAGUGUGCUUUGGAACGCUUUGGUUAUUGGGUAUUCUCAGAUGUUUAAGUUUGAGGAUGCUUUGAGAGUUUUUAGUCAAAUGCGUGAGGAAGGUGUUGCCUUGAGUAGGCAUACCAUCACCGGGGUGUUGUCAGCUUUCACUGUGUUAUUGGAUCUUGACAAUGGUAGAUCGAUCCAUGGGCUUGCGGUGAAGACGGGGUUUGAUUCUGGUGUUGUUGUGUCGAAUGCGUUGAUUGAUAUGUAUGGAAAGAGUAGAUGGCUAGAGGAAGCAGUCAAGAUCUUUGAAGGGAUGGAUAAAAAGAGAGAUAUAUUUACGUGGAACUCUGUGUUGUGUGUUCAUGACUACUGCGGUGAUCAUGAUGGAGCUUUAGCUCUUUUCAACAGGAUGAUUUGUUCCGGAAUCCAACCUGAUCUCGUUACUUUGACGACAGUUCUCCCCACUUGCGGUCGUUUAGCUGCACUGAACCAGGGAAGAGAGAUUCACGGCUACAUGAUCGUUAACGGACUUUUAAACCGAAACUCCAAUGAUGAGUUCAUUAACAACUCCUUGAUGGACAUGUACGCGAAAUGCGGGGACUUGAGAGAUGCACAGACGGUUUUCGACUCGAUGAGGAAUAAAGACUCAGCUUCUUGGAACAUCAUGAUUAACGGUUACGGUGUGCAGAGCCGCGGUGAGUUAGCUUUGGAUAUGUUCUCACGUAUGUGCGAAGCAGGUGUCAGACCUGAUGAGAUCACAUUCGUUGGGUUGCUUCGCUGUAACCACUCAGGCUUCGUUAGCGAAGGGAGGAGGUUUUUUGCGCAGAUGGAGACAGUGUACAACAUCGUCCCAACAAGUGAUCACUACACUUGUGUGAUAGACAUGCUUGGCCGUGCAGGCAAGCUGGAUGAAGCAUAUAAGUUGGCAUUAGCAAUGCCCGUGCGGGAUAAUCCUGUAGGCUGGAGGUCAAUAUUAGCAUCUUGUCGCCUCCAUGGGAACUUAGGUCUCGCAAUAAUUGCCGAAAAGCGAUUAAAUGAUAUACAACAGCCGCCAACAGAGCAUAACGGCGCUUUUAUAUUAUUGUCUAAUAUAUAUAUGGAAACCGGUGGAUACGAGAGAGUUUCGGCCAUAAGAGAGGAAUUCAAACAAAUGAAAGUGAAGAAGACACCAGGUGGAAGCUGGAUUCAGGUCAAGCAUGAACUUCACAGGUUCUUUUACAGCGAUAAGACUCACCCGGAAUAUGAAUCUAUCGAGGCUUGUUUAAGUCCGUUGACUUCUCAUAUAUAUGGUGAUGGUCAUCUUUAUACGCUGCUCGACGAUUAUGACUAAUUUUGGUUAGUCAUAAUAUCCUUCUUUUUUGAGAUUUUCAUAACCUUAAAAGAGUAUUAGAAUUUACUAAUAAUGUUGUGUGACAGACAAUCGUUUCCGGAUUAGAAUAUCUACGAACCAACAACAA